GAACUGGAUUGUGGUUUGCAUCCCUACUUUUGAAAUUGAGUGGGCGGUGGACGACUACUUGUUGAAUAUUUUUGUGAAUUUUUGUAAACAUUGUUUGAAUUUCAACAUUACAAUAGUUUUACAAUUAACAUUUCAGCAACAAAACAAAUAAUGUCGUUGCACCAAAUACUUCGAAUUGCUAUCUUAACCUUCUUAAUUGCUAAUGUUUUAACUGAAAAUAAAUAUAGUCAUUCAGCUAAUGAAAAGGAAAACACUGAAAAGAAAAAAAGCGAUGUAGAUUUCAGAACCCUAGAAAAGCCUUUCAGGAUGAAUAAGCUAAACAUGGUUUGGCUGAAAGCGCAACAGAGGCUAACGGAACCAAAGUUAAAGUCACUGUACAGUGACCUGAUGAUUCAAGACAAGGAGGAGAUAACGUACAAGAGGAUACAGAUUGACGGGGGAGACAAGGAAGGCCUGAGAGAAGCUGACCUGCGCCGCAAACUGACCAAUAUUAUGACCAACUAUGGCCUGCGAGAACAUUUUGAGGAUGUACCUGUAGGCAGACAAAAACAGGACCCUGCCUAUAAUGAAGCAAAGGAUGAUUAUAUCAACAAAAGCCUGUUCAAAGACAAGAAGCUCAACAUGCUCUGGGCGAAGGCCGAGGCGUCCGGCUUCACCAGCGAGGAGCUGGCGGCGCUGCGCGAGGAGUUCACACAUCACCAAGACAAGAUAGACCAGUACUAUGACCUGCUGGUCAACAUGGAGGCUGGCGCCAAGGAUGGCUAUAAGAAUGCAGUAAACGAUGAGGAAUUGGAUAAGUUCAAUGAAAUAAACUUGGAAAAGGACAAUGGAGAGGAUUUAGGCAAAGACUACCUGGACAAAGCCAACUUGGUGCGAGAGAAACACAGGAGUCUGCGCGACGGAUAUGAUCGACUGCAGAGGAUCGCUGCCAGAGGUCCCACUAACAAGGAGUUCAUAGAGCCAAAAGUGCAGGGUCUGUGGAAAAUGGCGGCGGCAGCUAAUUUCACUGCCGAUGAACUUGAAUCCUUAAAGGUGGAGCUGAAACACUACGAGUCUCGCCUGCUGAAGCUGCGCACGCUGCACGCGGACCAUGUAAGCAACUAUAACAAGCAUCAUAGUAAGGUGGCGGCGGCGGGGGAUAAGAUGGACCACUUCGCAGACCAGCAGCAGAUGAUCAAGAAGCACUCGCGCAAGGUGGAGAAGAUGCACGCCGACCUCGAGGGGCGCAUACUGGCGCGACACACGGAGCUGUAGACCGUUGCCGCAGCAGACCGAACUACGCAACUCUACGACAAUUGGAUCGCACGUCGACAUUUGUAGAGCGCUAUCUCUUCUACUCUCAUAUGUGUGUUGUAUCUUCUUACUCAUCACCGAGCAUGAAUUUUAUUCGCCAUGUUAUGAACGUUACAUGUUUUUAUAGUCUAGUGUCAUUGUUUGUUUUGUAAUCCUAAUAUAUAAAACACAAAAUGGUGUUAUAGACGUUGAUCCCAUCCGACCGAUGUGCUCCAAACCAGUUUUAUUAGAAAGGUGAAGAUGGUUUUCGAUCACUUAAAUCAAUGGCACAUUUUUUUAGCGUAGCACACGCUGGGUACCAACUACCAGCUAGUCUAUACUAAUAAUAAUAAUUAUAAAGAGGUAAAGUUUGUUUGUAGGGGGUAAUCUCUAGAACUACUGAACUGAUUUAGUAAAAAAAAAUUUCACCAGUAGAAACCUACAUUUUUCCUGAGUAACAUAGGCUAUAUUUUAUUUUAAAAAGUUAGAGAUCCCUACGAAAAUUGUAAUAAGCUACCCGUGUGAACCUCAGGCGGAUCGCUAGUAUCUCACAGACUGAGAAAAUAUAUCCCAACACGUUCUAUUAGAUAGCAGUCGAUCAUUGCGUACGCGUGCGUGCGUGCGUGCGUUGCGUGCGUCUUACGAACUUGAAAGCAUUUAUUUAGACUAUUUAGACAUAAUAAUUGUAUAGUUUCGAUA